GAGAGCUAGAAGCUGCCCUCCCCAUUUAAGAUAAUGGCAAAAAUAUCAGGCACUUAGUGUUACCAUACCAGGGGUGUGGCGAUUCUUUUUCCUUCUCUUCUCUCUCUCCCCCUCUCGUGAUAAACUCAAUGGGGUUGUCUAUUUUUAACCUCCUGUUCUUUCCUUUUGGCAGAGUAAUCAGUAUGAGCUGAGCUCUUCCCCUGAAUGAAUCCAAGUAACCCCAGUGACUGCCUUCUGAAAUGACCAGCAGACACACAUCUGUCCAGAGGCUGUCCAGAGUAUAAAUUCUGGUUCUAACGUGCCAUGUCCAGCCAAGGAAGUCCUGAUGUGGAGUUUUCGACGACAACAGUCAGUUCAGUAGCUGUUCAGGCUGGGGACUCCAAAAUCGUGAUAGCUGUGGUAAAGUGUGGCAAGUGGGUGCAACUUCAGUUGGCUGAAUCACAGCCCAAUCUUCUAGAAAUUGGUAGCAAUCAAGAUGAGACCAAAAAGCUUCUUCAUGAUCAUGAACUUCUUUUGGGCAAGCUCAAGGCUUUGGAAGAUCAGGUAUGGGAACUCUUGCAGGAGGCAGACAAGACAGCUGAAGAGAACAAGGAUCGGAGUCAGGUGUAUGAUGCCAUGGCCAACACCUUGGGUGAAGCAUGGGCAGCCCUUGUCUCUAUGCUUGAAAGAAGAAGGGAGCUCCUCAGGUUGACUUCAGAAUUUUUUGAAAAUGCCUUGAAGUUUGCUAUUAAAAUAGACCAAGCUGAAGAUUUCCUCCAGAACACCCAGGAAUUUGAGAGUGCCGAGUCUUUAAAAUCACUUCUUCAGCUUCACGAACAUCAUACCAAAGAACUCUUAGAACGAUCUCUAGCCCUUUUAAACAAAAGUCAACAGCUCACUGACUUCAUAGAAAAAUUCAAGUGUGAUGGACCUAAUGUGAAUCCUGAGUUGAUUCAGGGAGCUCAUAACAGCUGUUUGAAGAUUGACAGCCUUCUUGAGCUUCUCCAAGACAGGAGACGGCAAAUCGACAAGGACCUGAAGCAACAACAACAAGAACUGCGUCAGGUUCUGCAGAUAUGUCAGUGGGACCAGCAAGAAAAUCAGGUUACGUGUUGGUUUCAGAAAACCUUAAGAGAUUUACAGGAACAAAGUCUAGGUUCAUCACUUUCAGACAAUGAGGAGCUAAUCUGUAAACAUGAGGAACUGAUAAUACAAGCAAAGGAAUGGAAUUCUGCUGCUGAGAAGCUGAGGAGUGAUGCCCUUGGGAUUCUGCUGUCCAAGGGCUACAUGGAGAAAGAGCACCUAUGGCUCUCUAACCAGAAACUGCACCAGCUUCAAGGAGAAUGUCGUCAGCUCAUGGCGGAGAGGGAAACUUGGUUAAAAAAGGCAAAUGGUUUUUUUUGCAGUACGAAUAAGGCAUUUGAUGUACUUGGGAGAGUCGAAGCUUACCUUAAGCUCCUUAAAUCAGAGGGUUUAAGUCUGCCUGUCUUGGCAGCGAGGCAUGAGGAAUUACACAGAGAAAUUAAAGACUGCACAGCUGAUGCUUUGCAAAAGGGACAAGCCUUAAUCAGCCAAGUAGACUCCUGUAGCUCUCGGGUAAGCGGAGUCCACGAGAUGAUGCGAUGCAUUCAGAGACGAGUGGACCAACUGACCCAACAGUGUUCAGCGCACAAAGAAUUUGCUCUUAAGAAACAGCAGUUAAUUGCCUCGGUGGAGGGCCACCUCAAGAAGGUGGAAAUGUCAAUUCAGAAAAUCAGUCCAGUACUUUCCAAUGCAAUGGAUGUCGGUUCCAACCUUUCUGAAUCAGGGAAGAUUUUGAGUAAAUACUUGGAGCUAGAUAUGCAAGUUAAGGAGACAGCACAUGAAUUAGAAACAGCUGCAAAACUUAUGACAGAGAAAAAUGAAUUUGAACCUGACGAAGUGGCAUUGCUUUCUUCUAAAGCUAAGUGGUUAGAGGAAGAAUUAAAAAUUCUUGGCCAAAGGAUCAGCUCCAGGUCACAAGUCCUGCAGUCUUAUGUGGCAUUUCUCAAGUCCUCAGAAGAGGUACAGGAGCAGUAUCAGAGCCUAAAGGAAUUUUACCAAACUGAAAUCCUGCAGAAGGAAGAGGAUGAUGCUGAAGUCAAGCAUCGAUCAGAUUCAGCUGAGAAGCAGUGGCAGCUAUUUUUGAAGAGGAGUUUUUUAACUCAAGAUCUAGGGCUUGAGUUCCUUAAUUUAAUAAAUAUGGCAAAAAGAGAUGAAAUAUUAAACGCGAAAAGUGAAGCACACUUUAUGGAGAACACUAUGGAAAGCCAGAAGGCAGAAAGAGAAGAACUUGGCCACCUUCGGAUAACAUGGCAACUUGAGGGCAUUGCUACUCAGCCUGUGAAACAGCAGUGGGGAGCAUUCAAGGAACAACUUAGAAAGACUACUCACAACUUACAACUUCUUGAUGAAGCACUUACGCCUGUGUCUGCCCUUGACCUUGGAGGGAACCUCCAGACCAUUUUAGGGCUACAGAAAAAAUGGAACGAAAUGAAGCCUCAGCUCCAGCAACUGAAUGAUGAAGUUCGGUACCUCCUAAGAGCGUCGGAAGAGCUAAGUGGCAAAGGAGCCCCUGUGAAAGAGAAGUCCCAACAGCUGAGGGAGCUUAUUCAUCUCCACCAAACACAGGAGGAGAGAAUCCAAGAUUACGAGGAUAUCCUAUACAAGCUGGUCCAGUUCCAUCAAGUCAAGGAGAAGCUGGGUCAUCUCCACAAAUCCAGGGAAACAGAGUAUGUAGACCAGCCAGAGGAUCUGGAGGAUGCCCAUGAAGCCCAAGUCCACCUCAGUCGUGCUCAGGAGAAGCAGGCACACGUCGAUCAUCUCCAUAAACUGGCCCUUUCCCUGGGAGUGGACAUCAUCUCAUCAGUGCAGCGGCCUAACUGCUCUAAUGUUUCCGCAAAGAACCUGCAGCAGCAGCUGGACCUCCUCGAGGGGGACAGUGGGAACUGGCGUGCCAGAGCCCAGGAGUAUGAACGGACCCUGACCUGCAGCCUGGAGUUCUGCAACACAAGGGACAGUAUAAACGAGCUCAAAGAGUCAUUCAAAGAUAUCAAAAAGAAAUUCAACAAUUUAAAGUUUAAUUACGCUAAGAAAAAUGAAAAGGCUCGGAAUCUGAAGGCUCUUAAAUAUCAAAUUCAACAAGUUGAUGUGCAUGCUGAAAAAAUACAGGCUUUGAAAAAGAAAAUGGAAAAAGUUGAGAAUAGAACUUCUGAUUCUUUCUUGAGUUAUCCAAAUAAUAAAGUUAAUGUUCUUUUGGAAGCCAUGAAGGAUUUGCAAGAACAUGUGGAUGAGUUUGACAAAGUUGUGACAGAUUAUAAGAUGACUUUGGACCUGACAGAGCACCUCCAGGAGAUGACAGAAGAGUGUCACUUUUGGUAUGAAGAUGCAAGUGCCACAGUUGUAAGAGUUGGAAAAUAUUCCACAGAAUGCAAGACAAAGGAAGCUGUGCAAAUUCUCCACCAGCAAUUCAAUAAAUAUAUCAGGCCCUCCGUGCCUCAGCAAGAAGAAAGGAUUCAGGAGAUCAGUGACCUAGCUCAGCGCUUAUAUGGUUUUGAAGAAGGGCAGAAAUUCGCUGAGAAAAUAAUGGCAAAACACAAAGAGGUUCUUGAAUCUAUCACUGAAUUAUGUGUCUCUCUCACAGAGCUUGAAGAAAAGCUGAAGCAGGGGGACAUUUUAAAGACAAAUGUGAAUUUGGAAGACCUCCAUGACGACUUCAUCGACCUGCUAAAAGAACCAGCGAGAAAUACGCAGACACUAUUCAAUGAAGAAAGGAAUAAGGUGCAGGGAGCAGGAGAUUUGGCCAUCAAUGGAACAGGAGAGGGUCAGUAUCCCCAGCACCUGAAGGAGCCGCCCUCUGACAGAGAGGCUGCUGUCCAAGGCCAGCUCUUGCCUACAGACACGCUUUCUGGAGAAGAAUAUGAAUGUGUCUCACCUGAUGACAUCUCCUUGCCUCCACUCCCGGGAAGCCCCGAUCCCCCGCUUGGCCCGGCUGACAUGGACGUGGAGGAGCGUGCCAGCCCUUCCCUCAGCAUUCACACAAGCAGCCACAAGAUGCAGACUGGGGCCAGCAGGCCAGGGGAGGCCCAGGCCUUGGGCAUUCCACCCCCUGCUGCUUUUGCUGACACUUACAAUGACGAGAGAGAAACUUUCUCAAGUCAUUUUGAGAGGCCUUACCCCCAGUUCAAAGCUGAGCUCCCAUUAACCUCCAGAGGAUUUCUGGAAAAAAGUACUGCCUUCUGCACAAUCAGGGCUAAACAUCCAGAGAGCAUGCCGAGUGACGUGCAUGAGAGAGCUUCACAGCAGCACCCUCAGGCUCAGGGACGUUUGCUAGAAACCCGGGAGAAAGUGCAUGUCAGUGAUAACAUCACUAAACCCCAAGACAGGCUGCAUGCUUCCCAGGAUGCAUUCCCAGGCCUUGGGUUUCUCUCAGACCCCGGACGGGCCUAUCAGAGGCAAAUGGUCCCCAAAGACGAGAUUAAAUGCACAUCAGCAAAGAACACUGUGGUCAGCCUUGCUGGCCAGGCACCUAAUUUCUCCAGACUCCUGUCUAAUGUAACUGUCACAGAAGGUUCUCCAGUGACUUUGGAAGUUGAAGUAACAGGAUUUCCAGAGCCUACUCUGACAUGGUACAAGAAGGGCCAGAAAUUGUCUGCUGAUGGGCACUUACACGUUUUACACAAGGAGACAAGACAUUCGGUGUUCAUUCCGAAGGUAUGUGAGGCAGAUGCAGGCCUCUAUGUGGCUCGGGCCCAAAACUCUAGUGGCAUUCUCUCUUCCAAUGUCAUCCUCCACGUGACAGGUAACCACAGGCCACCAAUCACAAGAAUAAACUGGGUAACACUGUGUGUCAUCUAUAUUAGUGUGUCCCUCAUGUACUGGGUCCUUGCACAGUAACUGCGGGGUUGGCACUCUUGGACGUCAUUCUCAUGAGCCUAAAGGUGGUUGUUUAUUUUUCUGCAUCUCCCACAUCUUCCUAUAUCUCUCCUCCCAGUGUACCCCUGUUCUAGCCAUAUUGUUUGCUCGGCUAAUAGUGUUUUAGUAUAUUUAAGGAGCUUGGUUCUUAGCAGCAGAUAAGCAUACAUUUUUGUAUUCUAGAAAGAGAUGUAUUCAAUAUAAAGCCCAGUACAAUUACACUAUGUUUAUUCCCUCCUCACUUAAGAGCAUGUAUGUCAAGGCUCACAUCAACAGAGAGAUAUGAAUUAAAUUUCAAAUCCAAUUGUUUGAGAAUUUAUUUUUAAUUAUACUCAUAAACAUCUCUGUAGAAUAACAGGAGAAAUAUUGAAGAGAAGUUGUAAUUUAUCUUAUCACAUCAGUUGUCCUUUCAUUGCAUUUCAUGUCUUAAUCUCAUUUAUUGAAAUACAUUCUAUGUAGUUUCAACCUAGCUUGCCUUCCUAAGUCUGAGGAGGCCACUGUAAAUAAUCAUUCCUCAAGUUGAUCUCACCGGUUUCACAAUGGCACAUAGAUGUGCUGUCAACUUUAGAUGGAGACUCAAACUUCCAUCAGCUGUACCUGUCAUAGAGUAAAAUGGGGCACGGGCUGCAGAUGGACCGAUGUAAUUCCUGUCAUGCAGCUGUCAGGGUUUGGACAGCCAUGCAUACACAAUGGCAACCUGUUCCUCCUGCAUCUUCUCUUCAUUCUGCUGCUGACCGUUUUUUUUUUGCAGCCUGUAGAAAAGACAUCUCUAUGCCUCAGUGUCCCAUUUGGAAAAUGAGUUUAUCAUCUACCUCUCAGGCAAUUAAGAAUUUUCUUUGCAUAUCUUGUAAAGAUUUGGAAAAUGGAAAGCAUUCUAUGAAGCCUGAAGUUAAUUAUAUUAUUAGAUGUGACUUAUCAGCAUUUUUGCCUCCUGCCCACUAUCUCAUUCAUAUGUUGUUUCUUUGGAAUAUUUAUGGAGUGGUAUUAGUCUGUGAUUUCCAACCUUUCCCAUGUGGAAAGGUGAUGUUUUAUAAAUUGGGACUUAAAUUCCUUUCUAAUUUCUUAAGAUUGUAUCUUUUUCAAAGACUUGAAAUUAACUUAUGAGGGUGCAUUUAGUAUGAUCUAGGGGAAAAGUAUGUAAUAAGACUACAUAAGGUGAAUUCUGUCCUUUUCUUCUGAUUAUCACUAUAAUAUUAAAGAGUUUUCCUGUGCAUUUCUGAAAUAUAUUAUUUAGAAAAGAGGACCUCUUUUUGAUUCCCUUUAAAAAUAAACAUGAAUGAGAGAAGUAUUUGUUUUUUUUUUUUUUUAAGAGUUUAUUUAUGGGACGCCUGGGUGGCUCAGUGGGUUUAAGCCUCUGCCUUCGGCUCAGGUCAUGAUCCCAGGGUCCUGGGAUUGAGCCCUACAUUGGGCUCUCUGCUUGGCAGAAAGCCUGCUUCCUCUCUCUCUGCCUGCCUCUCUGCCUCUUUGUGAUCUCUGUCCAUCAAACAAAUAAAUAAAAUCUUUUAAAAAAAUAAAAUAAAAUAAAGAGUUUAUUUAUUUAUUUGACAGAGAGAUCACAAGUAGGCAGAGAAGCAGUCAGAGAGAAAGAGGGGAAAACAGGCUUCCCACUGAGAAAGAGCCCGAUGUGGGGCUUGAUCCCAGGACCCUGAGACCAUGACCUGAACUUAAGGCAGAGGUUUAACCCACUGAGCCAUCCAGGAGCCCCUGUUUUAAAAUUUUAAACAUAGUCUUAUCAUGGUAGAGCAAAAUCUUCAGUUGAAAGAAUAAUUUAUAAUAGAUUUUUGAUAAAGAGAAGGAACCAAUUAUGUUACUGCAAGACUUUCUUUCUAUAAUAAUAAAAAUAUUUAAAUGUAAUAUAUUCAUGUUAAUAUUAAAAAGCUACUGAAUGUUAUUUGAAGGUAUGAAAUCUGUGGUUGAGUAAAGUUGACAUAUUUUUUUUCUGUGCAUCAAUUUAAUUAAACAAUUAAAUCUCUUUUCUUUCACAUUUUGACAGAAAUGAUCUAAAAGCUUAUAUAUACAAUGUCCUAGGGAACACAUGGCCUCUUAAGUCUCCUAUCCAUAUUGUCCAUUUUCACGUAUUUUAUGUAACUUUUUUUAAUGUAACUUUUUAAAAAAGAUUUUAUUUAUUUAUUUGACAGACAGAGAUCACAGGUAAGCAGAGAGGCAGGCAGAGAGAGCAAGGGGGAAGCAGGCUCCCUGCUGAGCAGAGAGCCCGAUAUGGGGUAUGAUCCCAGGACUCUGAGGUCAUGACCUGAGCCAAAAGCAGAGGCCUAACCCACUGAGUCACCCAGGUGCCCCCACAUAUUUUACAUAUUUUGCCUAACUGCUUUUCCCAUGUUGAAGCGAAAUAGUAAACUCUAGUCAUGUCCAAAGAGGGCAGGCAAGACCAAAUGACAAGUUCCUGUCCCACUCUCUGUCUCUUUCUUGUUAAUUUAGUAAGAUCCCCUUUCCCAUUUUGCCGUCUUAGUUGAAUUUGUGGCUAGAGGUUGUUAGGGCAUAGGACUUGCUUGUUUGCUUUACCUAUUGCAUGCCAGUUAAAGGGUAAUGGAAAACGUUAGUGGGCAGCAGGGUGGGAUAUAUGUAUAUCCAUCCACCCACAGUGUGUGACUAAAUAAGGUAUAAACCCCUGAUGUAUUUGAUGCACAUACCAAAUAUAAUAUGUAUUUGACAUAUAUCAAAUAUAAGCAUAUACACACAUAUAUGCAUACACACAUAGAGCUCAAAUAUUGGGGAAAAGCAUUAUGCUGAAAUUCAAGAUACAGUUCAGCUAGUUACCUAUAUAUCAGUCUAUCUGUCCAACCAUUCAUCUAUCUAUCCAUCCAUCCAUCUGGUCAUCUAUCCAUCCAUCCAUUUACAUACCUACUUACCUAUGUAUUCUUUUGUGCUAUCAAUUGACUAUCUAGUAAUUCCCACAGCAGUGAAGAAUAAUAAGCUAUUCAGUUAUUCUUCCGGUUAUAUUUUAAUUUCAAAGACUUAAGUAUGAUUUUCCUUUUGGUAAAAUUUCUGUCUUGAUCAAAGAAUUCUCCUUAUGAAAUUAUGUACUAAAAUUACUGAUUAAAAUUGAAAAACUAGGAAAUUCAGAUGUUUCCUUUUUAAUAUAUAUAUAUGUGUGUGUGUGUAUGUGUAUAUAUAUCCAUCCAUAUCCAUUUUCUUCUAGAGAAAAUUCCAGACAGUAAGUAAUAUCAAAAUACUUCUCAACAAGAAAAUGUAAAUGACAAGGAAGAGUAAAAGGAACAUGUGGGGCCCCUGGGUGGCUCAGUAAGUUAAGCCUCUGCCUUCAGCUCAGGUCAUGGUCUCAGGGUCCUGGGAUCGAGCCCUGCAUUGGGCUCUCUGCUCAGUGGGGAGCCUGCUUCCCCACUCUCUCUGACUACUCGUGAUCUCUCUCUGUCUGUCAAAUAAAUAAAUAAGUAAAACCUUAAAAAAAAAAAAAAAAAGAAAAGAAACAUGUACUUGACACCUUAGAGGAGUGCAACACAAAAUGUGUUUUGAGCUUCCUAAAAGGCAAAAUCAUUGAGUUUUCCAGUUCUGAUUUUCUAAUAAAAAGUGUAUAAACAUAAACAUUUUGUGGUAAAAUUUUUUUCACAGUUAACUCCCAGAGAUAUUUUCUGCUGGAAUCCUUACAUUCAAAUCUCUGUGUAUUCUAAAAUAUCUAAAGUCUUUGGAAAAAGAAGUAGCAAACAAUUAGUUAUUUUUUUCAAUAAUGUUAACCCUCAUUUAUAAUCAAGAUGCAGGCUUAAAAUAGAUAACUGUAAGAACCUUCUGACCACUUCACUCAAGUUUAAAUGUCUUCAAGUGUUACACAAGGCCCUUUAGUAUCUGCCCUCUCCUUCCUAAUCUCUGUUCCAUCCCUUCUGAUCCUCCCACAAAGUCACAAUUUUCAUCGGGUUCUUAACCUAUCACGCUCUUUCUUCUCUCUGGUCCUUUCUUCCCAGAUCUCCCUUACUAUAUCCUACCCUAUCUUUUUGUGGCUUAAUCCUACAUAUCCUUCUUGGUCCAUUUGAGACACACCCUUCCCCAGGAAGCCUUCUGAGCCAUCAAGUCCAGUAUAGAUGUUCCUGCUAUGCACACUGUCAGCUACUGAGCUACCCUUGUCAUGUCCCUUGAUACACAGCAUUGAAAUUGCAUGUCUGAGCAUCAGUCUUCUCAGGCUAGAGUGCGAGAUAUUUAUCAGCAGGAUCUGUGACAGCCCUGUUCAUCAUUAUACUCCCAGCACCGAAGCCAUAGUCAUACUCAAUAAAUAUUUCUUGAAUUAUUGUUGGAGGUAAACCAAGAUAAACCUAGUUUUUUACUUCUUUUUCUGGAGAGAGUUAGUGGGGGAAUAUAAAAAGAGAGAGAUGUAUUUGUUACCUGAUUAUUCUUUCUUAUUAUGGACAUUGGCUGGUCAGAAUCAGGUUCUAAUCAGGAAGUAGGUGGGCACACUACAAUGACUAUGUCCAAAAUGCCAAAACCAGAAUGUAUGUACUUCUUUAGAACAUUAUACAAAUCAUCAGUAUUUUAUUGUGGUAAUCAAUAAUCUUGGUAAUCUGGUUGUAUCUUAUUUGAAACCAGCAUUUCAUUUAUAUAUGUAAAUAUUUAAAAAGUCAAAUUCAAGUAUUUUUCAAAUGAACAAAGGAAAAUGUAUAGCAUCUUGUUCCACUUGUUUUGUUUUUAUUUAUGACUGUUCCCUACUAGAAAUUGCCAUCUGAAGCUUUUGACUUUCCUGUUGUAUGUACAUUAUUUUAAGUGUGACCAUGAAAUAAGUUAUUUGAAACAAAAUAAAAUCCUCCUAGUAUUCUCUGA